UUUAUUUUUUGAAAGCAUGGUCAUGGACGGUUCCUUGAGAUCAAUAGCCAUUACGUUAACCCUUUUCCUUUGGUUGCUCACUAUAGUGACUCUUCUUCCUAAGCUCUGCAGCGGUGAGUUUGAGGUUCGUUGCAUUGAAAGUGAGCGACAAGCACUUCUCAAGUUCAAGCAAGACCUUGAAGAUCCUUCGAACCGGCUUGCCUCUUGGGCUACAACUGAUGAGGAUUGUUGUCACUGGUUGGGAGUUGUCUGCCACAACCUUACUGGUCAUGUCCACCAACUCCAUCUCAGAAGCGUUCCUCCUUCGGAUGACCAGUUUACAACUGAUGAUCAAUAUGGAGCUCAAUUAGAAGCUUAUAAGCGGUCAAGGCUUAUUGGUAAGAUAAAUCCUUCUCUACUUGAUUUGAAGUAUUUGACUUACUUGGACCUUAGCUACAAUGAUUUUUGUGGCACUCAAAUUCCCAAAUUCCUCGGUUCAAUGGGGAGUUUAAGAUAUCUUAACCUCUCCAAUGCAAGAUUUGGAGGAAUGGUACCUCAUCAACUUGGGAAUCUCUCAAAUAUGCACUAUCUUGAUCUUGGAGGUAAUUAUGGCUAUAAUUUAUAUGUCCUGAGCCUUCAAUGGCUUUCUGGUCUUCCUUUACUACAACACCUUGAUUUGAGUUAUGUAGACCUUAGCCAAGCCUCUGAUUGGUUACAGGUGACAAACAAACUCCCUUCCUUGUUAAAGAUGUGGUUGUCAGGUUGCUACCUUGGUUUUACCCCAUUAAUACCCAAUAUUAAUUUUUCAUCUCUCACCACCCUUGAUCUUUCAUCCACCACUUUAGAAAACAACUUGAUUCCAAAAUGGGUCUUUGGUCUUCAUAAUUUGGUUUCUCUUGAUCUAUCUUCCAUUGGGUUUCAUGGUUCAAUUCCUAUUGAUCUACAGAACAUGACUUCACUUAGGCACCUUGAUCUAUCUUACAACUUCUUCAACUCUUCAAUUCCCAAUUGGUUGUACAAUUUUAGUCAUCUUGAAUUCCUCAACCUUGGCUCCAACAAUUUUCAAGGUACAAUCUCUAGUGCCAUUGGAAACCUAACAUCUGCCAUUAGAAUAGACUUCUCCGGCAACGAACUUAAUGGAAAGGUACCAAGAUCUUUGGGUAAUCUCUGCAACCUAAGAGAAAUUAGAUUUUCAUAUAACAAAUGGAAUCAAAAGAUAUUUGAACUCUUAGAAAGUUUAUCAAGAUGUGUUUCACAUGGACUAGAGACCUUAGAAAUGAAUGAUGCUAGACUUUCUGGGCAUUUGAUCAAUGAGCUUGGGCAAUUUAAAAAUCUAGUUGUGCUGUCUUUGGGGUAUAAUUUAAUUUCAGGUCCAAUUCCAUGGUCUAUAGGAAAUCUUUCAUCUUUGAGAUCCUUGAACCUUGAGACUAAUCAAAUUAACGGAACUCUCCCUCAAUGUUUUGGACAGCUAUCCAAAUUAGAGUAUCUAAAUCUUGAUUCAAAUAUAUUGGAGGGUGUAGUAUCUAAAGUCCAUUUUGCCAAUUUAAUGAGACUAACAACACUUGUUGCAUCUCGAAAUCGGCUGACUUUAGAAGUAAGUGACAAAUGGGUCCCUCCUUUUCAACUAAAUGCUUUAUAUUUGAGAUCAUGGAUAUUAGGGCCAAAAUUUCCUUUAUGGUUUUGUUCACAAAAGCAUCUUGAGUUUUUGGAUAUAUCUAACACAGGGAUUUCAGAUUUGAUUCCUCAUUUGUUUUGGAACUUGUCUUCUCAGUUUACUUAUCUGAAUAUCUCUCACAAUCACAUUCAUGGAAAUAUUCCACAUAUCCCAAUGCUUUUGUCCAUGUCAUCAGUGAUUGAUAUGAGUUCUAAUCAAUUCAUAGGUUCAUUACCUUAUAUAUCCCCUAAUGUGAGUUUUCUCGAUCUUUCUGACAAUAAAUUGUCUGGAUCUAUUUCUCACUUUUUGUGUUACAAGAUGAAUGAGGUCAAACAUAUGAAAUUUCUCAAUCUUAGAAAAAAUCUCUUAUCAGGAGAAAUAAGUGAUUGUUGGGAGAUGUGGCAAAGUUUGUUUGCCUUAAAUUUGGGAAACAAUAAUUUUACUGGUAGUAUCCCAAUAUCCAUUGGUUCUUUGGUUGCUCUUUCAUAUUUGCACCUACAAGACAACAAAUUCUCUGGAAAAAUACCACUAUCUUUGAAAAAUUGUGAAUAGUUGGUGGCCAUUGAUAUUGCUAAGAACGAGUUUGUUGGAAGCAUACCUUCAUGGAUGGAAUAUAAUUUGUCAAAGUUGGUGAUUCUCAACCUUCACUCAAAUAAUUUUCACGGUUACAUUCCGAAAGAACUAUGCCUUCUAACUUCACUUCAAAUCUUGGACCUUUCAAAUAAUAAGCUAUCUGGAAGCAUACCUAAAUGUGUUUACAAUUUUAGCUCUAUGACCCAAGCCACAUAUCACAGCUCAAAUUAUCCCUUUCUUUUAUAUCAGCAAUCACUAGGAUAUAAUUCUAUACCUUUCGAAAGUGAAUUGCUUGUGAUUAAGGGAAAAGUUCUUGAGUAUUCCACCAUUCUUCAAAUGGUAAAAAUUAUAGAUUUUUCCAAGAACAAUUUGUCUGGAGAGAUCCCCAGAGAAGUGACUAGUCUCACAGGAUUACAAUCAUUGAAUUUGUCAUUUAAUAUCUUGACUGGAAGGAUUCCUGAGAAUAUAGGUGAUAUGAGAUCAUUAGAAUCUAUUGAUUUCUCAGUAAACCAACUUUCAGGUCAAGUUCCUGAAAGUAUGUCAAGUUUGACAUUUUUAAGUCACUUGAACUUGUCAAACAACAAUUUAACUGGGAGAAUUCCUUCAGGCACUCAGCUACAAAGCCUCAAUGAGUCCAGUUUUUUUGGAAACAAACUUUGUGGACCUCCACUUAUUGAUAAUUGUACUAUAAAGGAUGUAAAACCCAUAUUUGAAAACAAAUGGAGCAAGCAUUUUCAUCCACUUAAGCUGGAUUGGUUUUAUGUGAGCAUGGCACUUGGAUUUGUGGUUGGGUUUUGGGUUGUAUUGGGCCCCUUACUAUUGUACAAGCAGUGGAGAAUCAUGUACUUUCAAUUCCUUAAUCACCUAGGGUACAAGCUUUGGAGUGUUGUGGCACAAACUUGGUAGUAGUGUAACUAAAUGUUGUAAGUUUCUUAAUAUUUAGUGCAGAAAUAUGGUAACCAUAUGAAUAAA